GGAAAAGUAAUGGAGAAUUUUAUUUUGUCAUUUGCCGUUUCAGUCUUGUUAUUACAUAGCUUUGCCCUCUCCUUGAAUUCUAUCACCACUGAUAAGCAUGCACUUAUUUCCUUCAAAAACUCCAUCACUUCCGACCCUUAUGCUAUCUUGAGCGCCAAUUGGUCCCAAAACAACACAUCAGUCUGUAAUUGGAUUGGUGUGUCGUGCGGCCUCAAACACGGCCGUGUCACAGCUCUUAAUCUCUCUGGCUACGGCCUUGUUGGAACUGUUGCUCCACAUCUCGGAAACCUUACGUUUCUCAGAUAUUUGGACAUCAGUUUCAACAAUUUCAGUGGAUUCUUACCCUUUGAGCUCUCUAAACUGCGUCAUUUGAAGGUGAUGAAUGUGGGAGCGAAUUCAUUCACCGGAGAAAUACCAACAUGGUUGGGCAGUUUACCUCGUCUAGAGAAACUCUAUUUGUACAAGAAUACUUUCUUAGGUACAAUCCCUUCAUCUUUGUCUAACAAUACCAAGAACCAGAUGUUACAAAUAUUAAACUUAAACUAUAACCAGUUAAGUGGGUCCAUACCAUAUGCUAUUUUCAAUGUGUCUUCCCUUAGAGAAAUUAGAAUUAGAAAUAAUAGCCUAUCUGGUUGGCUACCGAGUGAAAUGUGCGAUAAUCUCCCAAAUAUUGAAGCACUUGAUAUUUCGGCCAACCAACUUUCCGGAGAAAUUCCACCAAACAUAUGGAAAUGCAGACAUCUUCAAGAGCUGAAAUUAUCUACCAAUCAUUUCAAUGGAAAAAUCCCAAGUGAAAUUGGAAGUUUGAGUAGGCUUAAAGAGCUGUACUUGGGCGUGAACGAUUUCAGAGGAAUGAUCCCUGAAGAAAUAGGGAAUCUUUCACAGUUAGAGGUGUUAAGCAUCCCAGCCUCCUCUCUUACCGGAAAUAUUCCAUCUUCAGUGUUCAACAUAUUUUCACUGAAAUUCAUGGACCUCUCUAAAAACAGUUUAUCUGAAAAUAUCCCAAGUGAUAUGUGCGACAGUCUUCCAAAUAUUGAAGUACUUAAUCUUUGGACCAAUCAACUUUCUGGAGAAAUUCCACCAAACAUAUGGAAAUGCACCCACCUUCAAGUCUUGGAAUUAUCUGUUAAUCAUUUCAGUGGAAAAAUCCCAAGUGAAAUUGGAAGUUUGAGUAUGCUUAGAGAGUUGUGGCUCGGCUAUAAUGAUUUCAGAGUGAUACUUGAAGAAAUAGGGAAUCUUUCACAGCUCAAGACAUUAAGUAUCCCAGCCUCCUCUCUAACCGGAAAUAUUCCAUCUUCAGUGUUCAACAUUUCUUCAUUGAAAUUCAUCGACCUCUCUAACAACAUUUUGUCUGGAAACAUUCCACCAAAUAUAUGGAAAUGCACACAUCUUGAGAUCUUGUCAUUAUCCGCCAACAAUCUCAGUGGUACUCUUCCUUCAAAUAUGGGGAUUUCACUUCUCAAUCUUGAAAUACUUUAUUUGUAUUCUAACAGACUCAAUGGUCCAAUUCCAAGCACCAUCAACAAUGCUUCCAAACUUAUACUGUUGGGCUUGAGCAGUAACUCCUUCAUUGGCUCCAUACCAGACCUUGGUAAUUUGAAACAGCUUCAGAUGCUAAUGCUCGAACAUAAUCAUUUGCGCGGAGAGGAAUAUUCAACUCAGGAGUUGACAUUUCUCUCUUCUUUAACUAAAUGUCGAAAUUUGAAGUACUUGACGGUAUCAGACAAUUCACUGAAUGGUAUCCUACCUGCUUCAAUUGGGAACUUUUCCUCUUCUCUUCAAAGUAUUUGGCUACAAAACAGUCACAUCGUGGGAGUCAUUCCUUCUGAAAUUGGAAAUUUAAGUAGUGUGUUGUUUAUUAAACUGGGAGGUAAUCAGCUGCGUGGACCCAUUCCACCAUUACAAGAAUAAGUUGGAAGGGUCUAUCCCUAACGACGUUUGCCGAAUGAAUAAUUUGGGGGAGUUGUACCUUUACGAAAACGUGCUUGCGGGUUCAAUACCAAAGUGUUUAGGUGAAGUUCAAUCCUUGAAAAUCAUCAACUUAGGCUACAACCUGUUGAAUUCCACCAUCCCUCCCAACUUCUGGAAUCUUACCGACCUCGUGGAAUUGAGCUUGCCCUCAAAUCAUUUGAUUGGUCAAUUGUCAUCUCAACUUGGAAAUUUGAAGUCAAUCUCCUAUCUAGACUUAUCCUUUAAUCAAUUUUCAGGUAAUAUCCCCAGCUCAAUUGGUCGAUGCGAGUCAUUAGAAUCUCUCUACUUAUCGAAUAAUUUGUUGGACGGAUAUAUUCCCCAAUCCUUAGCAAAUGUUAGAAAUUUGAAAGCAUUGGAUUUAUCUUACAAUAACCAUUCUGGAUCUAUACCUAAGUCAUAAGAAGACCUUCGUUUUCUUGAGUAUUUCAAUGUUUCCAACAACAAAUUGGUUGGGGAAAUUCCAGAUAGGGGUUGUUUUGGUAACUUGAGUGAUCAAUCUUUUUCCAACAACCUAGCCCUUUGUGGUCCAAUAAGAUUUAAAGUUCCACCAUGCACAGAUAAUCAUCAUAGAUCAAAAAGCUUGAUGAAAUUUAUAGUGCCUUAUGUGAUUUUAGCUUUGACUAUGGUGAUUGCCAUCCUUGUGUUUAUAAAUAAAUUUAAACCGAGGAAAUCAACACUACUUCACACUGCUAUUUUACCGGUGACGGAAUAUAGAAGAGUUUCUUACAUAGAACUAGAGCGGGGAACCAGUGGUUUUAGUGAUAGCAACCUUCUUGGAAAAGGAAGUUUGGUUUGGUAUUUGAAGCAACACUUUCUAAUGGGUUGAAAGUUGCAGUAAAAGUUUUUAACUUGCAACUACAAGGAGCAGAAAGGAGCUUCUAUACUGAAACUGAGAUACUUGGGAGCAUUCGAUACAGAAAUAUAGUUCGUGUUAUUGGAUGUUACAGUAGCCCAGAGUUUAAAGCUUUGGUUCUCACAUAUAUGCCGAAUGCGAGCUUGGAUAGAUGGUUAUAUUCCAGCAUGCAUUGUCUAGAUCUUAUCCAGAGACUGAAGAUAGCAAUAGAUGUUGCAGCAGCCUUGGAAUAUCUUCACCAUGGCCAUACAUGCCCAGUUGUCCAUCGUGAUGUAAAGCCAAGCAAUGUUUUGCUCGAUGAAGACAUGGUCGCUCAUCUUGGUGAUUUUGGUAUUGGCCAACUUUUUGACGAUGGAGAAGUUGUCAUUCAAACACAAACAUUGGCGACUAUCGGGUAUGCAGCACCAGAGUUGGGAAUGGAAGGGAAAGUGUCCACACAAGGAGAUGUGUACAGUUUCGGGAUAAUGUUGCUCGAGAUGUUUACAGGGAAGAAGCCAACAGAUGAUAUGUUUGAUGAGGAAAUGAGGUUGAAAGAGUGGGUAAGUGAAUCAUUACAAAGAAACUCAGUUCCUAUUGCAGCCGCUUUGCUGUCUAGAGAAGAUCAGGAUUUCUGUGCAAAGGAGCAAUGCGUGUUGUCAAUUUUUGAGUUGGCAAUGAAAUGUUUAGCCGUUGCAUCUCAUGAAAGAAUCAACAUGAUAGAAGCAACGACUACUCUCAAGAGGAUCUAUGCAACAACGGUAACAGAAAGACGUCGUCCACCACCAUAUGCCUUUUCUGUUAGUAUUCGCGAUAAUCGGUUAUGAUGCUUGUUGCAUAGCGAACUCAUAUUGUGUGUAAAGAGUACUAUGCCAAGAGUUCAUGUGGCAUAUAUGUAUAAGUUGUGAAA